GCAAUGUAUUCGAUAUUGCUUCGACAACCGUCCAGCUCUAGCAUAAACAGCUGACUAAAUAAUGCACUGAUGAUAUCGAUAUCGGCAUUUUACAGCACUACUCUGUACCUUUCAAAUAGAGGAUAUCACCGAGAUGUCCGUUACACUGCACACAGAUGUUGGGGAUAUAAAAAUAGAGCUAUUUUGUGAAGAAUGUCCGAAGGCUUGUGAAAAUUUUUUGGCUCUGUGUGCGAGCGAUUAUUACAGCGGCUGUGCCUUCAUUCGAAGCAUUAAAGGGUUCAUUGUGCAAACUGGAGAUCCUAGCAAUACUGGAAAGAAUGGCCAGUCCAUUUGGGGAGACAAAUUUGAAGAUGAGUUUAAAGAAAACCUCAAGCACACAGAUCGUGGCAUGGUCUCAAUGGCUAACAACGGGCCCAAUGCCAACGCAAGUCAAUUUUUCAUUACCUAUGCUGCCCAGCCCAAUCUCGACCUAAAAUACACGCUAUUUGGGCGAGUUAUAGACGGCUUCGAUGCACUCGACGAGCUGGAAAAGCUGCCCGUAAAUCCCAAGAACUAUCGUCCACAUGUCGAUAAGAAAAUCAAUGGAGUAACCAUACACGCAAAUCCGCUGGCAGCAUGAAAAUUGUAAACAUACAUUUGUCUUUAAGAUUUGUUUAUUGUACUUGUCUAUCCCUUAAGAUAUAUAAUAAUUUCUUUUAGUUAAUUUAAACUAUUAAUUGAGAACUAGCAAUCAUUGUGUAAAAUUGCUAUUGCCUAAUAUUAAAAUCAGCCAAGUCAAGAGUUUUUAUUUUCAUUAAAGUGUUUGUAUAUAAAAUUGCA